CCCCUGCUAUGGCCAUUUGCACGUGUUGAACAAGUGACUGUUUACAGUACUUGCUCGUUUUAGACUUCAGCUAGCACAUGCUAACAAAAAACGUCAGUAUUGCAGCUGUGAAAGUGCAGAGAUGCCGAAAGUGAAAAAAUCGAAAGGUGGAGGAGAGAAGAGCGGGGGAGCAGUGGCGCUGGCUGACCAGAUCCUUCAGGCGGACACGGUGCGAGCCCGAGGCCGGAUGAAGAGCAGAGACAGCCGGGCAGAAAACGAAGACAAGUACGUAGACGAGCGUCUGUCGAGGAAGAUCUUACAACAGGCCCGAAUUCAACAAGAGGAGCUUCAGACCGAAUAUGGCCUGGCACCAGAGAAAAAGAAAGCACCAGUCACUGUUCUCGGGUCUGGCUCUCAGGAUGCUGACUCUGAUGAGGAGUGGCCAGCGCUGGGAGAAGCAGGUGCUGGUGACAGUGAUGCUGAGUGUGAAACUGAGGUCGUCGUUGACCCUGACGAUGAGAAGGCCAUGGAGAUGUUCAUGAAUAAGAACCCGCCAAUGAGACGGACCUUAGCUGAUAUUAUCAUGGAGAAGAUCACAGAGAAGCAGACUGAGGUAGGAACAGUGAUGUCGGAGGUGUCAGGAUGUCCAAUGCCCCAACUGGACCCGAGGAUUAUAGAAGUGUACAGAGGUGUCAAUAAGGUUCUGUCAAAGUAUCGCAGCGGUAAAUUGCCAAAGGCUUUUAAAAUAAUCCCAGCACUUGCAAACUGGGAGCAGGUUCUGUAUUUAACUGACCCUGAGACCUGGACUGCAGCUGCCAUGUACCAAGCAACAAGAAUCUUCUCCUCCAAUCUGAAAGAGCGAAUGGCCCAGAGAUUUUACAACCUGGUGUUGCUGCCCAGAGUACGGGAUGAUAUUGCAGAGUACAAGCGACUCAACUUUCAUCUCUACAGUGCCCUAAAGAAGGCCUUGUUCAAACCAGGGGCAUGGUUUAAAGGUAUUCUGAUUCCUCUGUGUGAAUCGGGGACAUGUACUCUCAGGGAAGCCAUCAUCAUCGGGAGCAUACUCACAAAGUGCUCAAUCCCUGUGCUCCACUCCAGCGCUGCGAUGCUUAAGUUGGCAGAGAUGGAGUAUAACGGCGCCAACAGCAUUUUCCUGCGUCUCUUGCUUGACAAGAAAUACGCCCUGCCUUUCCGUGUCCUAGAUGCCUUGGUGGCCCACUUCCUGUCCUUCCGCAAUGAAAAACGUGUGCUUCCUGUGCUGUGGCAUCAGAGUUUACUCACCCUGGCCCAGCGCUACAAAGCUGACCUGGCCUCCGAACAGAAGACGGCACUGCUGGAGCUGCUAAAGAUACAAACACACCCUCAGAUAUCUGCAGAGAUUCGCCGAGAACUGCAAAACUCAGAAUCAAGGGAUAUUGAAAUUGGGCUCCCUGUUACAGUGGAAAUGGAUUGAGGAUUCAGUCUGGUCUGUUCUUCUGCUUGGAUGAGUUCAGUAGUGAUGUAGAUGUUGUAAUUUCAUAUCAUGAAUCUCUGAGCUUUUUUCCUGCCAUUGCAGUGCAGUGAUUGCUUAGAAAUACAAAGACUGGUAUUUGUGUA